AUGCAGCGGGCGCGGCGCGGGGUGCGGGCGGGGGCCGCUGCUGCCGCGGCGACGCUCGCUGCUGCCCGCCUCAGUCCUCAGUUAGCCGCGCGCCACCGAUACGAGUGUUGUUCGAGCUGCGCGACACCAACUCUGCCCGCUAACAGCGGAGUAUGCUACAACAGAUGUCCUCGCCGUCGAGCGCGCACGUCGGCGAGGUCGCAACUAUCUUGCGCCCUCUCGAAGGCCGCGUGUGCGGCGACGCGUCUUCUGAGGCCUCCUCAGACGCCACUGAAGACUUGGAAUUGCCACAGUGCAAAAUAA